AAAUGUUCAAAGUUGAAACAGCUGAUUUAAGUUUUACAAGAGAACAUUAAUUGUUAUUGUAUUAUCUGAGAGGUUUUUUUUUAUAUUGUUCUACGUUCUUGGAGUUUGCUAUCUGUAAUGUCAAAAGGAAAUACAAAUAUAAGCCUUUGGGAAAAAGGAAACCCUUCUAAUGUUAAUAAGAGAGAUGAACUCAUUGUGGAAGCGAUGCUAGCGGAAUGUAUUGCUAAUAAAGGAACAGACACUAGCAAAAAUGAUGAUAGAGAGAAAGAACUAACCAUGGCGGACAAUGUUGAUGAUGGCAUUUGUGACGCGCAAACUACAGUUUGCAAAACUACAAAAAAGAGAAUUUCCGACGAAAAGAAUACAAAGGUAUAUGGAUAUAUGAAGAAGAAGAUUUUGAAUCAUUUAGAGGAAAAUGGCUGCAGCAAAAAGGAAGUUGAAAAAGUAAUAGAAUCAUCAAAAUUUAACAAGGAAGCAGUUCUGGAAUAUAUGAAUCAGCGUAUACAAAUGGCCCAAAUGAAUGUACACGAAGAGUGUCAAUCUCUUAGUUUUACUAAUAUUGAAUCCUGGCUAGAGUUAUUUAAGAAAUGGCGCUUGCAGGAUUUUUGUCUGUAUGAACAAGCUAUGGUAAUCAACUCCAUAGCAAAUAACGAGGACUUGCCACCACCAGAGGAGUUAGAGGGUGUUGAUCUUAAAUCUGUUUACAGAUUUAUCGGAAAUGCGUUACUGGGCUUACCGCAGCCUAAAUUAGAUGAAAGAAGUGCAGAAUUUCUGGCAAAUGAAUUUGAGCUUCUUGUAGGGGAAGCUAACACUGAGGCUGGUGACAAGGAUACUCUUAGAAUUAGAGAACAAUUAAAAACCCACACAGAAUUACCAGGCUUUGUGCAAAUAGACAAAUGUAGCACUGACCCUUUAGGCCUUGGCGUUAUUAACUCAAAUCGAUAACGUUUUGAAAGAAUUUUUCUUACUCGUCGUUAAGUAUACUAUGUAAUUAUUUAAAAAAAAUAUAAACAUUCGAAAUAAAAGGCAGGCGUAUUAGUUUUCCACAUUUAUUACACACUCAAAUAUUAUUCAGUACUUUAAAGGAGUUGACAUAAAUUUGUAUGCUGGUUUUUAGUGUUUGUAUUAAUUAUAACGUCUCACAUACUUUCGAAGAAUACCAUUUUGUAAAACCACUUGUACAUGCUUUGCAAAUAUAUGUGAAAUAUUUAAUUUAAUAUAUAAUUUUUAAAUAAAAAUGUGUAUAAAAAUUACUUUUAAUUUGUAGUUGAUACUGUAAUAAUUUUUGUUUAUUUUCCUUAGCAUUAAUUACUCUGGAGCGAAUCGAUAUUUAGCAUAUUAGUAUUUUUUUUAGAAAUCGGUGUUAUAAAAUCAAAUUUUGCAUAAAUCAUGUACAAGCGUGUUUUCUGCAAUUUAUUCAACGAUUAGAAAUACAUAAAAAUUUAGUUUAAUUUGAUAAGUAAAUUCUUUUUCGAGAUUUUUAUUAGUUUGUAGUGUAAAAUUUAUUUAGAAAUUACAUUACUAGUUUUACGACUAAAUAUAAGUGUAUUUUUGUGGUAAA